AUGUUUUCCUCUGCGCUCAAGUCCUUCUCCAGCACCAACAUCUCCUCCAACUAUACGAUAUCCCCGAAUCCAACCUCAACGGCCGGGCCAUGGAAGAUUUACGAUGCGAAAAAGAAAUCCACCGGCAAGACGUACAGCGUCUUCGUCUUUGACAAAAAGUCUCUAGAUGCUCACGGCAGUUCGGUGGGCAAGAGCAAUGCCGCUUCCUAUAAGCGCAGCGUUGAGGAGGUGGUUGAACGCCUGAAAAAAGAAGCGUCCAGUUUGGCCAAACUGCGUCACCCCAGCGUCCUCGAACUUGUCGAGCCAGUGGAAGAAACAAGAGGCGGUGGCCUACAAUUCGUUACGGAGGCUGUGACUGCGUCACUUUCGAGUUUGCUGCAAGAAAAGGAUGAGCAAGAACGGUCUGGUCCCGGCGGACGAUCUAGCCGAUACGUUACGGAGGAUGCCGACGGCGUACGCAGGAGAAGAGAGAUUGAAAUUGACGAGCUGGAAAUCCAAAAGGGCUUAUUACAAAUCAGCAAAGCAUUGGAGUUUCUACAUGACAACGCAGGCCUUUCUGAUUGGAAAAUUAGCGGGCUGUCUUUCUGUAGUCCCGCAGACAACUCGACCAAGCCUACCUCGAUCCAUGGCAUUAGCCUGCAUGAAGUCCUCAACUUGGACCCCAGGUUACCCAAGUUUGUUCAGCUAAAUCUGGACUACACCUCUCCGGAUUUCGUCAUGGAUAACAACCUGACCCCUUCUGCCGACAUGUUCUCUCUUGGACUACUGUGUGUUGCUCUAUACAAUUCACCCCACCAGUCACCAAUAGAGUGCCAUGGAAGUUUGUCUUCGUAUAAAAGGACCUUUUCCUCGUCUUCCACCGUCCCCACGACUACCAAUAACUACCUCUCGUCUAGACCACUACCCAGGGACUUAUCCAAUCAUGUGCUUCCCAAGCUCAUCACUAGGAGACCUGCGCAGAGAAUGACGGCCAGAGAGUUUCAGCAGAGUGAGUAUUUCGACAAUGUCCUUGUCUCUACCAUUCGGUUUCUCGACACUUUCCCGGCAAAAACUCCUAAUGAAAAGUCUCAAUUCUUGCGAGGUCUCAACAAAGUUCUGCCGUCUUUCCCCAAAUCAGUCUUGGAAAAGAAGCUUUUGCCGGCGCUGUUAGAUGAGAUGAAGGAUAAGGAUCUUCUGUCUCUGAUCCUGCAGAAUGUCUUCAAGAUACUCACCUUGCUACCGGCGGCGCGGAGAGCGUUCAGUGAAAGAGUACGGCCCGCCUUGAAGGCUGUGUUUGUAGAAAACGCAAAGCAGAGCCAGGAGAAAGAUCCUGCCCGGGACGCUGGUUUGAUGGUCUUCUUGGAGAACAUCUCGGUAAUAGCAGACAACAGCAAUGGCGGAGAGUUUAAAGAUGACGUACUGCCCGUUAUUAUAGCAGCCAUCGAGUGUCCCACCCCUGCAAUCGUCGACGCAGCUCUGAGAAGCUUUUCCGUUGUGCUGCCUGUGCUAGACUUUAGCACAAUCAAGAACGAGCUGUUCCCCGUUGUUGCUGCGGUGUUUAGUAGAACAAACAGUCUCGCCAUCAAGGUCCGCGGCCUUCAGGCUUUCGUCGUCCUCUGCGGUGGCUCCAACGAAUCUAGCGCCGACGAUGGAGGCCUCAGUGGCCUAGAAGGAACCAAGAAAACUGCUUCAUCCAGUGCUCUGGAUAAAUAUACCAUGCAGGAAAAGAUUGUGCCUCUGGUCAAGGGUAUCAAAACAAAGGAGCCCGCUGUCAUGAUGGCCGCACGAGACUUGAUGUACGUGGUUGGGCAGACAGCCGACGCCGAUUUCGUGGCCAUGGAUAUCCUGCCAAUUCUGUGGAGUAUGAGCUUAGGUCCGCUUCUCAACCUCAAGCAAUUCCAGUCGUUUAUGGACCUCAUCAAGACCCUGUCUCGCAAAGUCGAAGACGAACAGACGAGGAAAUUACAGGAACUCUCUGGCUCCAACGGAUCGACGGCCGCUGUCAACGAAGACUUCAUGGCAUUCGGUGGAGUGACUGGAACCGCGUUCGACGCUACGAACGGCAACGAGGACGACUUUGAAGCGCUGGUCAAGGGAAGAACUGGAGGCGGCUCGUCCAGUGCCGCAAGGACCCCCAGCUGGGAAGAUUCACCGCAUGUCGCAGUCGCCAGUGUCAGCCGAUCAUCAACAGCAACUCCCCAGACGCCGUCCUUUUCCUGGUCAACUCAACCUCCCAUGAGUCCUCCCGUAAAGCAACCAAGCACGCUCCAAAGCCAGCAGCCUUCUUUCCGCACAGUCACCCCUGACCUUAACCGCUUCGAGGUCAUGACGCCCAGCUCGACGCAGUUCAGCCAGCCCCUGCAACCGACGCAGUCAGGCUUCCAGCAAACGCCAGCACAACAACCUGCAGCAGCUGCACCAAGCUUCGGCUGGUCGUCUACCGCUGCAACCACAACCAAGAGCUUCACACCACCGCCGUUGUCAUCAAACUAUUCGUCCACAAUGUCUAACACGAGCUCCGGCUCUGCGUUCGGCCAAGGCAUGGCGAAUUCCAUGUCGAACCUAUCCCUCAACUCGCUCAACGCCCAAAGGCCCACGCUGGGCGACUCCCGCGGCUCAUCGUUUUCUCUCGCUCCACCACCAGGCGCCAACACCAUGACGACUCCCUCUUCCUCAGGGCUAUCGGGAUUCAGCCUCGCACCUCCGCCGACAGGAUCGCAAAAUCAACAGCAGCAAAAGUCCGGUCUAGAUAAGUACGAAAGUCUGAUUUAG